UAAUAAAGCUCAAACAAAUCCAAUGUUGCUUAGAAAGUCCUAAAAGCGCACAAGCAAUCUCGUAUUGGACAGCAAACAACAUUCCAGAGGAGGGAGGACAGGGAGCAUAGCAAGCCCAUUAAUCAAUUUAAUGAAAAAAAACCCUAGUAAAAAGACUUGAGUGAUCCUGGAGAGAGAGAGAGAGAGAAAAAAAAAAAAAAGAGAGGGGAAAGUGCAAAGAAACUCAGAGAUCCUGGAGAGAGAGAGAGGGAGAGAGAGAGAGAGGGGAAAGUGCAAAGAAACUCAGAGAUCUUAUACGAAGUUUCCCCGUUUUGUUGUGUAAAAAACCCCUCUACUCAUAGGGAGGGAGAGAGAGAGAGAGAGGCAGAGAGAUAGAGGGAGAACUAGCUAGAAAGAAACCCCCUCACACACACACACACACACACACACAUAAACACUUGUGUAUUAUUCCUUAUGGAGAGUUUGUCUUGCCGUUGAGUCUAAUGCGUACAUCAAUGAAAAACCCUAAUCUUAAUCUGGGAUAUUAGCGGAGUCGUCGAUGCAUGUCUCUGGAUUUUCUCUGGAUCUGAAUUGGUUUAUUCAGUUCAUCGUCACAGCUUUUAUCUUUGCCCUCGGAGUACUUCACCUGGUGAAGAACACGGCUUCCAAGUAUUUUGUGGUCGACGCCAAUUUUGAGUCUUCUUAUUCCGACCCUGACGCUGCCCGGAAUUUGCCCGGCGUUAUCGCAAUGGGUGACGCCUGCGUUGUUUGCGGCAAUUUCACAAAGAAGCAUUGCUCCGGAUGCAAACGGGUCCGAUAUUGCUCAGAAGCAUGCCAAUCAUCUCAUUGGAGAUCUGGGCAUAACAAAAAGUGCAAGGACUUGCAAUUAUCUGGCAGGGUAAAAACGGUGCAGUCUGCAUCUAUGCAGUGCGGACGUAAAUCUUCCCCUGCGGUUGCACUAGUUCCUGCAAGUGGAGCCACUAAGACACUAAAGCUGUCGAAAGAGAUUCUUUUUCCGUACGAGGAUUUUGUGGAACUUUUCAACUGGGACAAAGCAGGAUUUACUCCUUGUGGUCUUUUAAAUUGUGGAAACAGCUGCUUUGCCAAUGUUGUUCUACAAUGUCUUGCAUACACUCGGCCACUUGUUGCCUACUUGUUGGGAAAAGGCCAUCGUAGAGAAUGCAGACGGAAUGAUUGGUGCUUCCUAUGUGAACUUCAAACACAUAUUGAAAGAGCCAGUGAAAGUCGGCAUCCCUUUUCACCAAUCAAUAUUCUCUCACGGUUACCUAACAUAGGUGGCAAUCUUGGUUAUGGAAAACAGGAGGAUGCCCAUGAGUUCAUGAGGUUUGCAAUCGAUACAAUGCAACUAGUGUGCCUGGAUGAAUUUGGUGGAGAAAAGGCCCUUCAUCCUAGCUCUCAAGAGACAACCCUUAUUCAGCAUAUAUUUGGUGGUCACCUCCAAUCUCAGGUGAUUUGUACAAAAUGCAAUAAUAUUUCAAAUCAGUAUGAAAAUAUGAUGGAUUUAACUGUUGAAAUUCAAGGGGAUGCUGCAUCUUUAGAGGAAUGCUUAGACCAGUUCACGAUCAGAGAGAGGCUCCAUGGAGAUAAUAUGUAUAAAUGUGAUGGAUGCAAUGACUAUGUUAUGGCAUGGAAGCGUCUUACUGUUUGGCGGGCUCCGAAUAUUCUUACAGUUGCAUUGAAAAGGUUUCAGAGUGGGAGGUUUGGGAAACUUAACAAGAGGGUGACUUUCCCCGAGACAUUAGACCUUAGACCUUACAUGAGUGAAGCAAGAGAUGAUGGUGAUGACAUAUACAAGCUAUACGCAGUUGUUGUCCAUGUGGACAUGUUGAACGCAUCAUUUUUCGGCCAUUACAUUUGUUAUACCAAGGAUCUUUGUGGAAACUGGUUCAGGAUUGAUGACUCUAAGGUUACGAGUGUUGAAUUGGAUGAUGUGCUUGUACAGGGAGCUUACAUGCUCUUAUAUAGCAGGGUUUGUGCCCGUCCAUCUUGUCUAAAGCCCAUUGAACCUACAAGGAAAGAGAAGCAGCAGAUUAUGGAAAUGGUGCAAGAUGUAGGACCUUGCGUAGAACAACCAGCUGAAUGCUUCAUUACAGCAGAGUCGAGUAAUAGCAUUAGCAUUUCUACUUCCUUGCCAUCUGAUGGAAGCCCACAACCAAAGCUCUCUCGCUGUGAAGAAGAGUUACCAUCCAUAACUAAUUCUGAAAAUGUAAUAGAGGAUCUAGAUGUGACGGAUUCUGGGUCAAGUUCAUCCAUUACAAAGGGUGUUGAACUUUAUGGCAAUGGACAUCUUAAUACAGCAGAAGAAACAGUUUUUCUUGUUGAACGUGCUCACAGACUGGUCUCUGGUGUUGUUUCUUCUUUAACUGAGAUGUAUACACCUGAAGCUCACUUUCUAAAUAGCGAAUCCCCAGCCCCUAUUUCUGGUACUGAGGUUGGAGAUGGAGCUGAGAGCACCUGUACCAAAGAGUUUACAUUGAUGGGUUCUUCAAGUGAGAGCUCUCUUUCCUCUCAGAAUGGUGUCUGUGAAAAGGAUGAAGCAUCUCAUGGUGUUUUUGUCUCUGGUUUAAGCUCAAAUGAAGAAGACAAGGAUGAAAAGAACCUUGUUGAUUUUGAGGGUGAGCCGGAAAAUGUCAAGUCUGGAAAGGGUUUGCCAUCUUCCAGCACUAGAGAAGAUGCAGCAAGGAAAUUGUCUGGAAGAAAUUCUUCUGGAGCAAAAUUGCAGCCUCUGUUUCCUCCCGGUUUCCUUGUGGAGCGUGGUCAGGCUAAAGUCCUCAAGAAAGAUGGGAAAGCCCCUUUAGAAGCUGGUGAAUUGGCUUCUGCUUGUGGCCACAACAGUUGCAGUAAUGGAUUUGCCAAACCUGGCUUUCCUCAUCCAAAUGGUGUUGAGACAAAAGGUUUAGGGAAACCUUUUUCUGAGUGCAAUUGUUCAUCUACUAGUACUUCUGAGGAACAAGCUGAGAAAUGUCUGAAUGAGGAUGAGCUUUUUCUUACUGAAUCUAGUGGAUCUUUUAAACUCAGCAAUGGAGAUUCUAAUGCUAUCAAAGUUUCAGACCAGAGCAUUUGCAAUAUUAAAGGUAACCAUCCAUUGGUUGGAGAACCUUGAUCUGUGAUUGGGAGUUCCUUCAACUGAGUAAAAAUGUAAUCCCAACAAAGAUUGGUUUACUCAAAAUUUGUAGGAGGGACUAUUUUUGAAAUUGCAUCACAGAGGCUUAUGGAAAAGAUGAUGAUUAUCAAAAGAAAACACGGUCGGUCUUGGUACCCGUUUUUAUUAAACGAGAAAUCAAUGCAGUGGUGAUAAGUGCUGUUCCAAUGGUAAUGAAGCUCGCGGCAGGGAGCAACAGAUUAUUUAACCGAAUGCAUUGCUUUGCUAAAUCUAAGAAAUGUUCUUGGGUUAUAGAGAUUUGAAUAUAGGGGAGGUAGAAAUAAUAGAAGGCAGUGCAUUUUUUUCACUUGGUAAUUGUGUAUAUUCUUGAAUGUUCCCAUUUCAGGAAGUUGUUGAGUUGGGAAUCGUCAUCCAUCCAGGGUUCCACUAUUUACAGAAAUCUUGGAUGCUCUUGUAUUACUGUUAGCUGAACUAAUUUAUAAGUAUUGUCCAGGGAAGGAAUAGAAAUACAUUUUUGUGAGAUACACAGCUUCUUUCUUCA